UCGGCAGCAGAUGUGGCCAGUUAGCUCGGUGCUGUGUGCUCGUUCGGAUCUCGGUGUUCGGUGGAUUUCGAUGCACCACCGACUGAAUCCGCAGUCGAUAGUAGCGACAACAGCGAUCAGUUGCUCAGCGUGAGCCUCUUCGUCGCGACACACGCCGGGUUCGAGAGAACGAUGCGAGAGUAAAGGCUGUGAAAGGCUCUGAGAAUCGGUGACAAGUCGUGUGGCAAAGCGGAAAACGACUGGGUUUGGCGAACACUUGACGUAUAUAGAAUAGAACAGGAUAGGACAGGACAGGACAGGAUAGGCGACAAGGGGAACAGAAGCACGGUGUGUAGAGGAAAAUGAGAAGGUAGAGAGAAGAGGAGAGAACAAAUCGAAUGGAACAGUCGGUCGCGCGCCAGCACCAAGAACGCAGUGACCGUCGUACCUGUCCGUCGGUGGCCGAAGACUUGUCCGAUCGAGACUCGGGAGUGAUGUGGCAACGUUGCUGGUGGCUCGCGAGUGGAGGAGUCAGUCGUCGCUCGACUGUUCUAUCGUAGUCUGUGUCUGACAGUGCAGUGUCGCUGCCAAUAGAACCGCGAGGGCCCGUCAGGGCCCACGAGCAGCGCGAACAACACCGCGAUUCUCACUGCGCGGUCACGAUGACAUAUUUAAGAGGAGCAAGAACGAGUAACAGCACGAAUAUCGAAAGGACAAUUGUUUCUGAUGUACAGACACAUCGUGCGUUGCUACGAUAGCGCAUGUUCGCGUUGUUGGUUAUCGUCGUUGUAAAAUAGCUUAUGGGAGGAGAGAGAGAGUUUCGUGAUUUGCGGGAGAGUAAGAGCAGUGUUUCGAAGCGUAGGAGCGCGGUGUAACGCGCGCGUAUUUGCCGUGUAUACACGUCCGUUUCCAGUCGCCACGAGCAGGUUUUCUUUGAACCUUUGUAGAAGUUCCUAAAGUGCGCGCGGUUCUACACGUCUACUACUCGAACGUCGAGAAACGAAUGAGUGCGUGAAUCGUGACAACAUCGUGUCGAAGUGUACACGGAGAGUACUCGGAGGGAGAGAGCGAGAGAAGAUCUGUCUCUCUUUCUCUCGCAUCCCGUAGAGGCCGUGGUCGGACUUUACGCCGUCGUACGCGCUUCUCCCCUCCCCCCUAAUGGGCUGUUUCUUUCUCCCUCUCUCUCGCUGAAGGCCAAUUUAUCUAUCCCGUCGGCCGUACGUCUGUCUCAGUCUAUACCAUUCCUGUCUGUGCGCUGGCAGAGUUUUCACUGGCGCGACACGGCACGGCACGCGCGCACGGUACGACACGUAAACGAAACCGGCUGUCCAGGCGAAUCGGGAGUGUCAAAGAUCCGAGGAAAAAUCACGGGCAUGGGAACAGUGUGUGCCAUGGACUGAAAAACAGUGCGCGACCGGUUGUCCCGUGCUUGCCCCCGUCCAAAGAGGAUCUUGCAUUUCAUCCGGUGCGUGCCUGUGUGUCCCUUUACACCGAAGGAGGAAGAGAGGUUAGGUUAGGCUAGGACUCGCGUCACCCCUGGCCAUAUUCUGUCCUUGUCUCUCUUUCGCUCCGUUCCCCCACCUCUCUUUCUCUGGCACACAGCGAAGAGGAACGCAACACGAGAGGCCAGAUCGACUACACACACACAUACACACACACGCAGGACAAUUGGGGAAAGAGGAGGAAAACACAAAUGCCGAUCGCCGGUGGAAUUCUGGUCGCUGGAACCGCGGCUCAUUGCCUGUCUUCCGCCGCUGGCAUGCUUCGAUUCCUCGCUAGACUUUCAGGGAGGCGGCGGCACGUGCGCCGGAGCUCCGGGCCAGGUGGUGGAGCUCGUGCCGUUGAAGAAACAGAAGAGGCAGCAGCGGGGGUGGGAGGCUCGGCGGACGGGCUGGACGAAGGAAGGGGAGUAGGAGGAUGCGAGUCGGUAGGAGCGAGCGUGCUCGAGGAGGUUAGUUGCUCACCGGUGGCGGAUGGCGAGGUCUGCUGCGGCGACAGCAGUACCACCACCAACUACAGCCACCGUCGUCAUCACCUCCACCAUAUACACCGUCGCUAUAGUCAUCGUCACCAGCAACAGCAGCGUCACCGAUGUCAGCAGCGAAGGGACAGCGUGGCUAGCAACGAGCUCGUCGUCGACGAGGAAGCCGACGAUGAGGCUACGUGCCAGGACCAGGCUGCCGCUGCUCCAACUCAUCGGGACAUCCGUCACGAGCUCCAUCACCUUCACCGUCAUCACCAUCUGCAUCACCACCAUCACCACCAUCAUCACCACCACCACCACCAUCAUCAUCUGCAUCAUCUUCAUCAGCGGCUGCGGGACGACAGACCGCCCUGCGAUCGGGACCACAGCGUCGACCGCAUCGUCCGGACCAGCGAUCGCCACGCGGAUGGUACCACCGCCACCGACAACCCUGCCACCGUCACUGCCAUGACGAGAGGAUGCAGGAUCCCGCCCUACCUCGCCACUCUACUCAUCCUCUCUUACACUCUCUUCGGUAUAGCAGACGCCUGUUCAUCGCGGUCGACGCCGAAACCACGGCCACCGACGCCGACGCCUCGACCAAAUAUCACAUUCCACAUGUACACGUGUCCACCGGAUUAUGCGGAAUGGUACUGCUUGAACGGUGCCACAUGUUUCACUGUCAAAAUCGUCGAUUCCCUCCUUUACAAUUGUUUAUGCGCCAACGGUUAUAUCGGGCAGAGAUGCGAGUUUAAGGAUUUAGAUGGUUCCUAUUUGCCUUCCCGGCGACGUGUAAUGUUGGAGACAGCCAGCAUCGCCGGCGGUGCCACGAUAGCAGUAUUUCUGGUCGUUAUCAUUUGCAUAGCGGCUUACAUCCACUGUAAGCGAAAGCAAAAGGAAUUGCGGUCGAGUAACUGCGUCGACACGGUGGAUGGUCCUGGCCGAGAUCCGGAGCUGAGGCCGUUUAGCAACCGCAGCCGCUCCCUCAUGAUCUUCAUGACCAAGAAUCCUAAUAGCACGGCGGCGAUAGAGCAGACGAGAAUGCCCGGAUGGAACUGCCCGGAAGCGGAGUCCAUGAGAAUGGCGUCCAUCAGCGAAGGCAAGCGCUCGAGUCAAUGAUAGAGCCAGUCCGGUGCCUAAUUCCACGACACGAACCGAGGCGUCCAGCGUAGAGAUCACCGAGACACCAGGUCGACGGAAGGGAAUCACUUUCACCCAGCUGCUUUCUGUCUCCGUCCAUGGACUACGUUCCCGCGGUGGCGUAGCAGAGAAGAAGGAAGAGAAGGAAAAUCCGUU